AACUUCAUUGUCAAACAAAACAAUAAAAAGGAAAACGAAAACUAACGAAAAUAGAAUAACACCAGCGACGAACAUGGAUUUAGCAGCGAAAAUCGAGAAAUCCAAAGCACCUGAAUGUGCUGUGGGCGCUGUGUUAGUGCCAAGUCAGGAGCUCCCAGCAGAAACUCCCAUAGUCUCGGGUUACGAUUGGGAAAGUGGCACAGACUACAACAAAAUACUCGAUAGCUAUGUUAGAUCUGGUUUCCAAGCUACUAACUUCGGUAAAGCAGUGAUAGAGAUUAACAAAAUGCUGAAAUGUCGAUCCGUGGCUUUAACGGAAGAGACAAGUGACCCUUAUGAAGAAGAUUCCUUCAUAAAGAAGAAAACUAAUUGUACAAUCUUCUUGGGUUACACAUCAAACAUGAUAUCAUCAGGAUUGAGGGAUACAAUAAGAUUUCUGGUGAAGAACAGAUUAGUAGACUGUAUUGUGACUACUGCUGGCGGUGUGGAGGAAGAUUUCAUCAAAUGCCUCGCUCCAACUUAUGUUGGUGACUUUAAUCUCAGUGGAAAAGUCCUAAGGACAAGAGGUAUAAAUCGAAUUGGUAAUCUAUUAGUGCCAAAUGAUAAUUAUUGCCGGUUCGAGGAAUGGGUGACUCCGAUAUUAGAUGAAAUGCUUGAGGAACAAAUGCAAGACGGUACGGUUUGGUCUCCGUCGAGAAUUAUUGCCAAAUUGGGAGAGAAAAUCAAUGAUGAAAGCUCCGUUUGUUAUUGGGCUUGGAGGAACAAUAUCCCUGUAUUCAGUCCAGCGUUAACUGAUGGCUCUCUUGGGGAUAUGAUGUACUUUCAUUCGUUCAAACGGCCAGGACUUGUGAUUGAUAUUUUAGGAGACUUACGAAGGCUUAACACGAUGGCUGUCAAAGCGAAUAAUACAGGUAUGAUCAUAUUAGGAGGUGGAGUUGUUAAGCAUCACAUUUGUAAUGCAAAUUUAAUGAGAAAUGGUGCUGAUUAUUCGGUGUAUGUAAAUACGGCUAGUGAGUUUGAUGGCAGCGAUGCAGGUGCAAGACCUGAUGAGGCAGUCUCGUGGGGAAAGAUCCGGAUGAAUGCGACCCCAGUGAAGUUGUAUGCGGAUGCCACAUUGGUAUUUCCGUUACUCGUGGCUCAGACAUUUGCCAAAUAUCAUUUCAGCAAUAAAAAGAAUGUAUAAAUGUA